UGUAAAUACGUAAGAUUAGGCAGUAUGGUCGUAAGACUAUAGCCUGUUCCCUAAGGACCAAGAAAAAAAAAUAAUUGUCAAGAAACUUUUGAUAACAAAUGUCAAUAAAUUUGGGCGAUUUAAAAAAUCAUAACAAAGAAUUAAUAUGUCGUCAGAAAGUGAAGUCGACGUAAUGUAUGGCCUAAAAAAUGUACUCUCUCAAAUCGAAGCCGCUAUUGCCAGAAGGAGCAAAGAUCUUCCACAAAUUACUCCAAGACUGGUAGCGGUAUCUAAGAUUAAACCUGCAGAAUUAAUUGUUCAAGCAUAUGAAGCAGGUCAAAGAGAUUUUGGGGAGAACUAUGUCAAUGAACUAGCAGAAAAAGCCAGCAAUCCUAUGAUUUUAGAAAAAUGUAAAGACAUAAAAUGGCAUUUCAUUGGCCAUUUGCAAACAAAUAAAAUAAGUAAAUUACUAGGAUCACCUGGUCUCUAUUUGGUACAAACAGUUGAUUCAGAAAAAUUAGCAAACAACUUGAAUAAGCAAUGGUUGAAAUUCAGGAAGGAAGAGGAGAAGUUGAAGGUGAUGGUGCAGAUUAAUACCAGCCAAGAAGAAGCUAAAAAUGGAAUAGAACCUUCUGAAUGUACAAAUCUUGUUGAACAUGUUUUGAAGAAUUGUCCAAAUCUUGAAUUUGUUGGCUUGAUGACAAUUGGAAUUUAUGAUUAUGAUAUGUCUAGAGGACCUAAUCCAGACUUUUUGUGCUUGGCAAAAUGCAGACAGGAAGUAUGCCAGAAUUUAAAUCUAGACAUAAAUAAUGUUGAACUAUCAAUGGGCAUGUCUGGAGACUUUGAACAUGCUAUUGAAUUGGGAGCAACUACAGUGCGUGUCGGGAGCACUAUUUUUGGUGCGAGACCACCAAAAAAUAAGUAGAAGUACUUAUAUCGUAAAUUUACAUAUAUAAUAGAGUUCAGUAACUAUACUAUUUCCAGUUUGUUUUACAUUAAAAUUUGUUGAUUUUUGAAAAUAUUAAUAAUAAAUGUUGAGCUUCCAA